UGUGAAUUGUGAGAGAAAUUCGCGACUGACCCAAAAGCGAGAAACGUCACAGGAAGCAGCGCUAGCCUGAGCCACGUACAACGACCAGGGAAGCAGAGCCCUCAGGCACAUCACAGCUCACUCUCAAGAGCACAAGCGAGCGCUUCCCAUCACAAAGUCUUACCCUACUGCGUCCGUACCCUGGCGCAUAUGCUUGCUUAGCCAAAAUCAACGAUACUAGCGUACAUUCAUGCGCGUUAUUAAAAAGAUGGCCCGUAGGGCCCUACAGGCGCCGCCUGCAGUGCGUUCAUUCAUGGAUCAAGUCAUGGCAGCGCAGGAGCACGAACUGGCGCCAAUCCUACAAUCAUUCAACAAGUGGACCUUCCCCAAGGGUGAUCUCUUCCAAUGGGUCGCGGUACUUGACAGGUGCGACGCAAUCCUGGAGGCCAAGUGUCGCAAGUAUGCACUGGAAAAGGUGCAGGUCAAAUCAUUCGAAGAAGACGAUCGCCAGCUCCUAGUGGCAAUUCUUGCCUUCACCGCCUUUCUCUUGGAUCACUGUGCCAAUCGAAGCUUAUACAGCUCUGCCAAUAACAUCACAGAGCUGCUCAACACAACCGAUAUCGACGUCUGUGAGCAAACAUGCCGCGUGACAGUCCGUCUUGCUCAUCGCCAUAAUCAGCAACGAAACAGUCGUCACCCAUUCGGUAUCUCCUCUGAGCGUAUUCUGCGGCUCGCUACCUCCCUUCAGUCCGCUACAAAGGACUGCGGUGCCAUCCACAUACCAAUGGGCAAGUUGCUAUACGAUCAGGCACCGUUGCCAGAAGCCUGGCGCUCUGUCCACUAUUGGUUCUACAAGCAAGCUACAGAGAACAAACAGUCUGCUGAUCAACAAAAAGGUGAUUACUUUACACUCAAAACACCUAGUGCUGCAUUACGACAACCUCAAGCCGUGCCAAGCACACCGACCCCUGGACACGGUGCUCGAUCGCGCUUGACGCAGACACCCAAUACGCCUGCAACACCAGGUGAAGCACUAGGCAGUCACAUUGAACGUACAGGCGAGGGACUUGAGCUCAUUCACCUCCCUGCUGAAACGCUGCAAGCGCACUCAAUCGAGGAACUGUUGCAAAAGGCCAUCGAAGAUCACACAUUACCCGUUUCGCACCACUUUGAAUUCAUGGUCCGGUUGCGAUUAGCCAAAACUGCCAAUGAGUCGCGCGAUCGACUGUCGCAACUCGUAUCUAUUCGAGCACUUGCAUUGGCUGCAUUGGCGUAUACCGUUGCUGAGCCUGUUUUGCAGACGCGCAUUUUCACAACGGAUGGUGAGGUGGUGCAACAACUCGCAUCGCUCACCAAUCCUGAUUACAAGUGCUCGGAGCAAGUCAAAAUAUCAGCACUCAUUGCUUUAGAAGCUAUUGCACACCACAGGCCAAAGCUCAAUGAUGUCCUUGCAGUGCUUGGUGCUUCAGUCAACCACGGCUUGAUUAUCUAUAUUGUCAAACGUGUGCUUGCAGAUUUGCGACAUGAUGUUCCAAAAUGCUCGAGUGAGUAUGUCGAGGCUGUCUCAGGUUUACUUCACUACCUGAGUACCACACAAAUUGCCGGCACAAUGCUCUGCUCUGCUGGCCUUGUUCAGCUUUUGAUUCAGCUGCUCGAGAAUCAGCAGCCUGCUGCAUUGCGCGCAGUCGUCAAGUCCCUCGCCUUGCUCGAUCAUCUCCUCUAUGGCUUUCAGCAAUCCUUCCAAAUAUUCUGCGCUGCAAAUGGCCCAGCUAUCUUGGUGGAACGCAUUAGGACAGAGGUGCUGCAUGACAUUGAAGCAGCGCCCGGAUACGAGGAAGCGUGCAGAGUGGCGAAAGUGGAUUAUCGCAUGCCGCACGAGCGUUUCUCACUUCUCAAAACAAUGCUCAAAACGCUCCUGCACAUGAUGCAGAGCUCUGGUACGUCGGAUGGCUUGCGAAAUCUGAUUGAGUCGCCACUGCUCGACUCCAUCAACCUCAUCUACGGGAAUGUCAACAUCUUUGGGUCGAGUGUUUUUGCCACUGCAACCAACAUCAUGUCUACAUUCAUCCACAACGAGCCCACCUCAUAUGCGAUUCUGCAUGAGAAGAAGGUGCCAGAGUCAUUCCUCAACUCUAUCACGAAUACCAUUCUGCCUGCCUCAGACGCCCUCGGUGCCAUUCCCAACGCUCUAGGUGCAAUAUGCCUUAAUGCCCAAGGACUGACACUCUUCAAGAGCUACAAUGUCAUCGAUGCCUUCUUCAACAUCUUCACUGAACAGAAGCAUUGCGAGGCCUUGCAAGACUCAGAUACUGCUGGUAUUCUGGGCGGCGCCAUUGAUGAAUUCAUUCGUCAUCACCCACACAUGAAAGUCGAAGUUCAAACGCACGUCUUCAACACUGCUCAGAGGAUCAAGCGCCUUGGUCAGCGAUGUGUGGAUACCACAGAUUUUGCUUGUUUCGUGAGGGAAGAGGGAAAAGCCCACACUGAAUCGACGGAUGCCAUCACAGCAACAGUCGAGGAUGACGACCAUAUGAAACGCAGUGUCAUCACGCUGUAUAUUGACAUUAUUGCUCGAUUCCUUGAAGGUUUCUUCAACACUGCAAGCCAUGCCGCUGAUUUUGUCAACAAAGGCGGCGUCCAUGUGCUCAUUACUUAUUACGAGCUCGAUUGUCUGCCAUAUGAUUUUGCCCGAUCGAGCGCAGCAUUGGCAUUAUCACAUGUCUUUCGAAUCACCAGUGAGGUUGAUGCACGCGCGACGCUCCUUCCCAUUUAUGCAUCCAUGCGCAAAGCUGUGCAGGACUGUGGAGAGAUGCCAGGCCCACAUCCUACCGACUCAAAGUAUGCGGUUCAACGAUCGCAAGGUUUUACGGCGGAACAGACACCCAUUGUUGCCUUGCGACGCUGUCACUCUUAUGCCGUCUUGCUAUCAGACCUAUACGCUCUGCCAGUGUUUGGACACGGUCGCAGUGCGCUGCCCUUCUAUACAGAGUUCCAGUCGGGUUUUGCAGGAGACGACGUCUUGCAAUUGCUAGGUCAAUUUCAUCGCAAGCUUGUUUGGGAAGAGAUCAAGCUUAGCAAUGAAAUGGAGCUGGACUGGGUGAAAGCAACGCAACCACAAGAUGAAGGUCCUGCUCAGCCCGUCAAUCAAGCGGAAGCUGAGAAGAUCCUUCCUGAACAAGUCCGCAUGACUGAUUCAUUCAAGAACCUCAAGAUGCUCAGGUUCCUGCUCUGUCAGAUCCCACCAUGUAUCAUUCCAUUCUACCAGGGCUUGUCAAAGAUGCUCUUCACCAGUAGGCGCCCGGUCGAUGGCAACCAUGGCAUGAUAUCGUACAGAGUGGCUGUCAUCAUUGCUCAAAUCAUGGAAGAGCAUCUUACGUUUGAGCCGACAUGGACUCAAUCUGAUCGAAUUCCCUACGCGAUCUUGAUGGUCACAAAUGUCCAGAUGAUUUUAUGCGAUGACCGCAACCCUGCCAAUCUCACCGUAUCUGUGCUGAUGCAUUUUGACGCUGGCGUACACAAAUUGAAGGACCUGCUGGUAUCGCUUUGGCAAGAACUCAGGAACCGGAAUUUCACGAUGGCUGACCUCUUGAAAGAAGAUGUCGAUCUUGGAGAAGGCAGCGUUUCUGAAGCAACACGCUCGCUGAGGGAUGCUAGGAGACUGCAUGCUGCUAUUGAACUGAUCUUGCGUCUAUUCUUGCAAUUCACAUCACAUCAUGCAGUUUUGGACUCUCCGCAAACACAAGCCAUCGCCAAGUCUCGAGACCCUUUGCCAGGCGACCCUUUCAAUGCAAAUGCUCUGCUGCGCAAGCUUCGUGGCCUUAUUUUGCCGACCAUGGCAGAGCUCUUCGAAGACGAGAACAGGGCCAACCUUUCUUCGGGCGUCUUCAAGAUUAUUGUGCAAAUCAUGACACAGUGUAUGGCUGCUGAGGGAGAAAAGUCAGCUUCACGCACAGAAAUUGCUGAUCGGCAUACAAGCUUCUUAUCUGUAGCGGCGCCUCUGGGUGCAGCAGCCGUCUCGCACCCAUCUCCAGUACAGCGCGAGCAAAAUGUCUCGCGCCUGAUGGCUCUUGGCUAUGCUCGUCAUGUGGCAAGCUCAGCACUCACGGAAGCAAACGAAAAUGUUCAGAGCGCCAUGGACUUUUUGGUGGCUCAUCCGCAGAUGGCUGCCAUCACGUCAAACGAUGCAGACAGGCACGAAGAAGACUCGCCGAUCGACGCAGAGAGCACUGAUACACUCGAUACUGUACGACAAAACCUCGAUAGCCUGAUUCUUGGCUCCGUGGCAGCCUUGGAACAUCAUCCCGAUGUUGUCUUUGAGCUUAGCGCGCUCAUUUUGGCCUCUAUGGCGGUGUCCAAGACUAAUGAGUGGCUUUCUGAUGGCGUCAGUAUCCUGAUUGGCACACUCGAAUCGAUGGUUGAGGACGCAGCUGAACCAAGGAAAGCUGCUCAUCUUGGCGCCAUUACUCAUUUGCUCGCCAAGCUCUCGCAUUCAGUCAUGUUUAUGCAAAAGUGCUCUGAAGAUUUGAUUGAAUCUGAGGAAACCAUUAGGUCGCUGCUAGCAGAUACAUCGGAUGUUCAAGCGAAACCUUGGGUUGCAAGCGCCAUUCUGAUACUAGACGCUAUGGUUGCUCAAUCUGAUGGGCCCCAUGCAGUCUCGCCUGAUGGAAGCACCCCUGCUGGGUUGUCCCAAGAGCAGGUCGAACAAAUCUUUACCUCUUGCUUUGCUCUUCUCAAGAGUCGACCAUCAGACAAGGGCACAUUGUUAUCUCUUUGCAGAUUCUUCGUGAGAUUGACUCGUCGAAAAGAACUAUCCGCACGUUUCAUUCAGGAAGGUGGUUUGCAAGAGCUCUUUGCGAUGCUCAAGCCUGUCGUUUCGCAGACCGAUGAAAAUAUUCGCAUUACAUUUGUCAUUCUGUUAAGGCACUUGAUUGAAUCUGAAGACAUCAUCACAUCUGUCAUGGAACGAGAGAUCAAGUCGUGGUUUACUCAGCCAAAGACACGCAACACAGAGAUUAGCAAUUUCGUCAAGCAGAAUGCCUCGGUUGCACUCCGCGACCCCGAUAUCUUUGUGAAGGCUACGCAACGUCUUUGCUGCUUUCCCAAGUAUGAUGAAUCGGCGAAUUUGCAGGCAAUUGCGCUGCGCUCAUUAGCCUACGCAGACACACCGGCCUAUCUACCGGAGGACAAGGAAGUAACCGCUUCGAGUAACAAGCCAGUUGAGGUGAUCCAGAGUCUCCUGACAGAGAUGCAAUCAAGCCGUGAACGGUUCCAAACAGAGCAAGAGCGCGAUACAAAGGCAAUUUUCGAGGGGUCCGAAGCCAAAAAGGUUCCUUUCAAGUCAUCCGAGCACCCAGAGUAUCUGUACCGAUGUCUCCUGUUGCAAUGCUUGACUGAGCUGCUGGCGUCCUACACUCCCUGCAAACUGGAGUUCAUCAACUAUUCACGCAAACCCAGCAAGGAUGCGACAACACCUGCAAAGCCGCGGACUGCUAUUCUCAAUUUCUUGGUUCUCGACUUACUCUCCAAUGCAAGUAUCCAUGUGUUGGAUGACAUUCCUUCCAAGAAGCGGUAUGCUAUCGAGAACUGGACUCGAGCCGUCCUGGUAUCUCUGUGUGCGAGUGUCACACCGCCCGAUGACGGGAAAGAUGAAACCCUACAGCAUGUGCGCAAGAUCGUGCUUGAUGUGCUCACCAAGGUGAUCCGGGAUACAAUUGUCUCUCAAGAGCCUGCCGACUCACGAUACGCCAAGAUCAUUUCGCUCGCUGAACUGCUCUACCGACUGAUGACUUCGAACGCAAUCACCCAGGCUCCCCAAAAUAAUAUUGUUCAGCCGCCGCCAGAGUCUCAAUGGCAUACAGCCAAGCUUAUGAUUGAGAAGGAUUAUGUAUCGCUGCUCUCAAGCAUUCUGGCAGAUGUCGAUUUGCAGCAUCCAUCGGCUCGACGUGUGGUGAAAUGCGUUUUGAAGCCCUUGAAGACUUUGAGCAAGAUUUCGGUGCGUCUGAGCGAAACUACCGAUCUCGUCAAACCUAUUGCAGACCAAGGUGCCACAGAUGGCCAAACGAGCGAGGCCAACUUCUUUGAGGAGUCGAGCUCCGAGUCAAGUAAUGCCGAAGGAGAGGAGGGUCGCGAAGACACUCCGGACCUUUACCGAAAUUCCGCCCUCGGGCUCUUUGGAGGCGACAUGCAAGAAGAAUCUGAGCACAGCAGCUACAUGAGUGGCGAGGACGACGAAAUGUAUGACGAAAUGGAUUAUGACGAUGAAGGAUCUGAGACGGGCAGCGCCGUGAGUGACGAGGAGCUUGAAUUGGCUGAAGGCCAUCCAGGUGGCCACGACAUGGACGUCGAGUUGAUUCUUGACGGGGAGCACAUGGGUCACGAUGGCGAUGACUCUGGUUCCGAUGGUGAGCACUCAUCUGACUAUUCUGACGAAUAUAGCGACAGUAUGGAUGCUGAGGAGAUCGAGAUUAUCGAGGAACAAGGCUUUGACGAAGGUGAGUGGCAGGAUGAGGAAGACGAUGGUGAUGAUAUUGUCGGCGACCAAUCUGUUCCUGGUGAUGCACUCCUGAUUGAUCUCACCAACGGUAUGCUGGGAGGCCCUGCUGAUGCCAAUGAAAAUGAGAUGGACGGCGGGCACCCGGACGAUAUCGACGAUGAUGAAGAAGACUACGAUGAGGGCAUGUCUCAAGAUGAAGACCUCAUCGACGAUGAUAAUGAUGAUGAUGGAGAUCAGUGGGGUUGGGCCGGCGAAGAUGAUGAUGGCAAUGAAGACAGCCAAGCUACCCAACGGCAGACCGCUGGACGCAAUAUCGCUCAUCGAUUGUGGGCAUCCCUUGGUGGCGGUGGUGCAGGCGGCAUUGCUCGGAAUGGGUUUGAUCCUGAUGUUCAAGUAUUCCGUCGCCCACGAGUCGGAGGCCCGGCUGGUCAGCCUCCUGCUACAGAGCAGUCGUUGCUGUCGAAUCCGCUCCUUACAAGCAACGCACGAAAUGCAAUUGGCGGACGCACGGAUGGACAACCACGAAAUGAAGUCUUUAGUGAUUGGGUUGAGUCAAUCGAAGCGCUCAUGGGAGGCGGAGCGGUACAGCUCAUUGGUGAUAUGCUCCAAGGUCCAAAUGCUCGUCGUGCGCAAGCCAUCCGUGUCGAAGUGAAUGGCGCCGGAGAACCGACUGUGAUUACCGCUGGUCUGGAACGCGCCCUACAGGAGACCAAUUUGGCCUCCAGACUUGCUGGAGAUGGGCAUGCGUCCGGUACAGGUCUUGGGCAGACAGGGUCUACCCGGACUGAAGAAGAUCCAAUGCUGGCAAUCUCUUUUGAUCCUUCGUCGACACUCAAGCGAUGGCGGGAUGAUACAACAAUUACCUUUGACGGUGCCUCAGUCGAGCUUGCUCUUCGACUAGUUGGUCGCCUUUUACAAGUAAUGUCUCCUCAAGCAAAGACAGAAGCCGCUGAACGCAAAGUUGUUGAAGAACGACUUCGCCUUGAACGCAUGCGCAUAGCUGAAGAAGAGCGCACGAAACGAGAUCAGGAGCAGCAAGCGAAACAAGCCGAGGAACAACUCAGGAAGAAAGAGCAAGAGCGAAAUCAGCCUGCGCCCAUCACUGCGGAGUCCAAUGCGACCGCACCAAUGAUCACGGAAGCAUCAGACAGCAUGGAAGGUGUGGAGCCCACAGAACAGACUUCGACUUCAGAAGCACCUCGCCAGUUCAUUUCCAUCCGAGGCCAGAACGUUGACAUCACCGGUCUUGGUAUCGAUGUCGAGUUCCUCAAUGCUCUGCCAGAAGAGAUGCGUGAAGAGGUUUUGACCCAGCACAUCCGUGAACGUCGGGCAGCCGCACAAGAGAAUCUGCAGCAAGCAGUCGAGUUGACUCCUGAAUUCCUCGAAGCCCUUCCGGCCGAAAUUCGGGCUGAGCUGAUUCAACAAGAGACCAUCGACCGUAGGCGUCGCGAGCGCCUUGCCCGUCAAGCUCAGGCUCAGGCAGCCAGUGGCGCUCCAGCCGGUCCAACAGAAAUGGAUCCAGCAAGCUUCUUGGCUUCUCUCGAUCCUGCUCUGCGUCAACAAGUGUUGAUGGAUAUGGAUCAAGACGAUGAUCUUUUCAGCACGCUGCCGCCGCAUCUGCUCGCCGAACUUGGACAGCGUCGAGCUACACCACGAGACAUGGAGCGCAUUCAGGGAUCAAGGGGUGCACAUGAUCAAGCCACAUCAGGCCCAGUUGGAACUGGUGACAAGGCUGAUGAGAAUAGCACGGCCGCUCCAAAAGUCAAGCGUGAAGCGAUUCAAUUGCUCGACAAGAAUGGCAUCAGUGGUUUGUUGCGCCUUAUCUUCCUACCGCUUCCACAGCAAAAGAACUUCUUGCAUGAGGUCUUGCUAAAUCUCUGCGAAAAUCGCCACAACCGUGCCGAGAUCAUUGGACACCUACUGCUUGUCUUACAGGACGGCACUGCUGAUAUUCAAGGCGCCGAGCGAUGCUUCAACAUGAUGACCAAGCGAUCGCGCCUGAGCACCACAGAGACCCCAAUGAAGACACCCAAAAAGGCGCCGUCAGCUCUUCAAUCUCUACCGCUCAUUAUUGGUGACAAUGCGCCGAGUCUCGUUGCACUGCAAGUCUUACAGGCUUUGGCAUACCUUGUCCACUAUAAUGCUCAGCUGCCCUCGUUCUUCCUCACAGAGCAUGAUUCACUUGCAGCACGACGAAGCGCCAAAGCUAAAGGCAAGGGAAAGGAGAGUCUGUCCAAAGCAAACAAGUUUCCUAUCAACAGUCUUGUUGGGCUCCUCGAUCGAGAAGUCAUUCUCGAGACGGCAGAGGUUCUUGAGCAAUUGUCUCAUCUCCUGGGUGUUGUCACUCGCCCACUGCUGAUGCUGAAGAAGCGUCAGAAGCUCGAAACGCAGCAAAGCGAGAAUGUUGAAAUGACCCUAAUUGAAGCCGCUCCUGCGGAGGCGGCUAAUUCUAUUGUGCCUGCUGGGGGUGAUUCCUCCGAGUCGAAGCCUGCUGAUUCGGGAGAAAAGCCAAAAUCAAAGAAGACACUUGUGCCCCCCGAAAUUCCGGUCGAACACCUCAGGCUGGUGGUAAAUAUCCUCCGUGCAAAUGAAUGCUCCAGCAAAACAUUCCAGAACACGCUUGCCACAAUGCAACAUCUGGGCGCUUUGCCUGGUGCCAAGGAAGUCAUUGCUGACGAGCUUGUGAACCAAGCUCAGACGCUAGGAAUGGAGAUUCAGGGUCAGUUGCUUGCGUUGCUCGGACAUAUACGCCCUUUGCAGACCGAUGAGGAGCUUCAGGCAUCUUCAUUUGCGGCCUUUUCGUCGAGUUCCUCCAGUCAAGCCAAGUUGCUCCGCAUGCUGAAAUCGAUCGAUUACCUCUUCGAGACACGAAACGGAGACCAACCUGACGCUUCUGCAGAUCAAGCAAAUUUCGUUGCGCAGAUCUAUGACAGUCUCAACUUUGGGCAACUGUGGAGCGAGUUGAGCGAAUGCCUCACAAUCAUCCACGAGAAAUCCAACAUGGUGCAUGUUGCUACAAUUCUAUUGCCUUUGAUAGAAGCGCUCAUGGUGGUCUGCAAGCAGAUUGCUGCUGGUCAAGGUUCCACCAAAGACCCAAAGACCACACCAAGCUCGCGUCAAGCCACACCUGCAUCGAGCGAAAGUCUGGCUACGCAGUUUUUCAGCUUUACUGAGCAGCAUCGCAAGAUUCUCAAUCAAAUGGUGCGAAAUAAUCCUGCUCUCAUGAGCGGUUCUUUCAGUCUAUUGGUGAAAAAUCCAAAAGUGUUGGAGUUUGACAACAAGCGCAAUUACUUUGUGCGAAAGCUUCGCGAUAGGGCUGCAAAGGAGCACUACCGUCCGUUAGCCCUCAAUGUCAGGCGCGACAUGAUUUUCCUCGAUUCCUACAAGAAUCUGCACUUCAAGAGCGGAGAUGAAAUCAAGUACGCAAAGCUCAACAUCCGUUUCGCCGGAGAAGAAGGUGUCGAUGCAGGUGGUGUGACUCGAGAAUGGUUCCAGGUGCUUGCCAGACAGAUGUUUGAUCCAAAUUAUGCACUCUUCGUGCCUGUCAAUGCGGAUCGCAACACCUAUCACCCCAAUAAGCUUUCUGGCAUCAACCCUGAGCAUCUUUCAUUCUUCAAGUUCGUUGGCAGAAUUGUGGGCAAAGCGCUGUACGACGGUCGUCUUCUCGACUGCCAUUUCAGCCGGCCUGUUUACCGCAAGAUGCUCGGAAAGAAUGUGUCCCUCAAGGAUAUGGAGACUCUUGACCUCGAGUACUACAAAUCUCUUCUGUGGAUGCUUGAGAAUGAUAUCACAGAUGUCAUCACUGAGACAUUCUCCGUGGAGCGCGAUGACUUUGGUGAGGUGACCAUCAUUGACCUGAUCCCGAACGGCCGAGAAAUUCCUGUGACGGAGGAGAACAAGCAAGAGUACGUUGCAAGGGUGACGCAGUACCGUCUGCUCGACAGUGUCUCGGAACAGCUUGACCACUUCAUGAAGGGCUUCAACGACAUCAUUUCACCCGAGCUGGUGUCCAUUUUCAACGAGCAAGAAUUGGAAUUGCUCAUCUCGGGUCUGCCAGACAUUGAUGCGGAUGAUUGGCGCAACAAUACCGAGUACCACAACUACACGGCAGCCUCACCGCAAAUUCAAUGGUUCUGGCGAGCGGUGCGAUCCUUUGACGACGAAGAGCGCGCACGUCUUUUGCAAUUUGCGACAGGCUCUUCGCGCAUUCCAAUCGAGGGCUUUGCAAACCUCGAGGGUAUGCAGGGAGUGCAAAAGUUCAACAUCCACAGAGAUUACACGAAUGGUGAUCGUUUACCGCAAUCGCACACUUGCUUCAAUCAGCUCGACUUACCAGAGUAUGAGAGCUAUGAAGCAUUGCGCAACUCACUCCUCACGGCCAUCUCUGAAGGUAAUGAAGGAUUUGGCUUUGCUUAGGGCAGGAUCCUCUGCAACAUGUUUAUGAGCUCGACGCAGCGUGUCGAUUGUGUUUUGUCGUAUAUCAUAGUCAAUGAGAUGCAUAUUUGAAGGAAUGUU